AUAACUCAAAACUGUAUCAUAUCGCCAUCGAAGAAUAAGAAAAUCGCCUGCAACAUUGAGUUGGCAUUUUGAGAAUUGAAACAAGUUCUCCAUCGAAACUGUUUAGCGCGGCUCUGCGUAUGCUGCAUCAUGCAUUUUCACUGAUGUCUUUUCCAGACGGUAAGAUUAUCUCGUUACUUAGACUUCAUAUUUAAAAGGUGAAAAGGCGCAAAGUCAGCUCCUUUGUACGACCUGGAAUCGACGCCGUCGACAGCAAGUUCACCAUGCUCAAACCCUGGUUCGAGGCUCGUGUCUUGCUAAGGUAGUAGGACGUUUUCGGCCAUGGUCAUUUUCUGGACUGUGGUUGUCCGGUGCCACGACAUCCUCGUCCCCUCCGAACCUCUGAGCCUGCGCUCUCACGACCGCCAUCGUCAUUGAUCCCUACCAGACCAUGAAGAGGAUAAGCUCGAGCUAUCUGCAGGCGGAGCGAACCGUGCUGCGGCUCCUCCACGGCCGCGAGACCCGGACCCGGCUCACCCAGAUCCACGCCUACUUCCUCCGCCACGGCCUCGAUCAGUCCAACCAAGUCCUCGCGCACUUCGUCUCGGUCUGCGGCUCCCUCAACCGGAUGCCCCACGCCGCGCGCGUCUUCGCCCAGGCCCAGUACCCGAACGUCAUCCUCUUCAACGCCAUGAUCAAGGGCCACUCCCUCUGCGGACCCUUCGAGCGUUGUCUGGACCUGUUCUCCGCCAUGAAGGGCCGCGGCAUUUGGCCCGACGAGUACACAUUUGCGCCUCUGCUCAAGAGUUGCUCGAGCCUCGGGGACCUGAGGCUCGGGAGGGGCUUGCACAGGGACGUGCUUGUUGCUGGGUUUGUGCGUUUUGCUUCGAUUCAGAUCGGGUUGGUCGAGCUUUAUGCGGGAUGUGCCGAAAUGGGCGAUGCACAGAAGGUGUUUGAUGAGAUGCUUCAUAGGGAAGUGAUUGUUUGGAACUUGAUGGUUCGUGGGUUUUGUAGAGCUGGCGAUGUCGAGAUGGGUUUGGAGAUUUUUCGGAGAAUGAGUGAGCGGAAUGUUGCUUCCUGGAAUACGAUAUUUUCUUGCUUGGGGCAGAGUGGGAGGGAUAGGGAAGCUCUGGAACUUUUCGAUGAGAUGCGGAAGCAGGGUUUCGAGCCAGAUGAGGUAACGGUUGUCAGUUUGUUGCCUGUGUGUGCUCGUUUGGGUGCGGUGGAUGCCGGGCAACAGAUUGAAUCCUAUGCUGAGUCGAGCAGGCUUUUGAAUGAUUUCAUCUCCGUUGGAAAUGCAGUCAUCGAUUUCUAUUGCAAGAGUGGAGAUAUGGAGGCUUCUAUGCGGAAGUUCAGGGAAAUGCCAAGGAAGAAUGUGGUAUCAUUUAAUACCAUGAUCACAGGCAUGGCAUUUAAUGGAAAGGAUCGACAAGGAGUCAAGUUAUUUGAGGAGAUGGCGACAGAAGGUGUGAUUCCGAAUGAUGUUACUUUUGUCGGUGUAUUGACAUGCUGUAGUCACACCGGUAUGGUGGACAGAGCGCGAGAUCUGUUUGCUUCUAUGAGCAUGGAUCACCAAAUUGAGCCGAAGCUUGAGCAUUAUGGCUGUAUGGUCGACCUAUUAGGACGCAGCGGAUGUGUGAGAGAGGCUUUUGAAUUGAUCAGGAAAAUGCCUAUGACACCAAAUGCCGCACUCUGGGGCUCAGUGCUCAGCGCUUGCCGUACCCAUGGGGAUAAGGAGCUCGCAGAACUCACUGUUAAAGAGCUGAUUAACCUCGAACCUUGGAAUUCGGGUAAUUAUGUAUUGUUAUCAAACUUAUAUGCAGAAGCAGGGAGAUGGAAUGAGGUGGAGAAAGUAAGAGUCCAGAUGAGAGGGCGCUGCGUUCACAAAGUAGCCGGCUACAGUGCUGUUGGAUAGUAAGGAGAUCUCAUUCUUAAGGCUGAUCCUCAAUCAGUGAGCUGGGGAAGCUGGACGUCACGGCCGUCUAAUGUGAAAGGUGCAUGAUGUGAUGGAGACUUAGCCGGCCGAAGGAUUGAGAACAGAGAACAUCCUCAAAGAUAAUACACUUGAUCCUUUACUGGUUAA